AAGAAAAGAAAUAGUUAUCCAUCUGGAAGAUUGUGUUGUUGAUAGAUGGAGCAUAUGUGAGUAAAGUAUUUUGUUUUCAGUCUUGUGAAUAUUUUGUGGAAUUUUGGUGAGAAAUAUUCAUCAACUCAUUUUGUUUUUUCUAUAGCAUGUAGUGUUAGUAUAGCAUGUUUUCUUAUUACGUGGGUAUGUCCUGGGACACCUUAUGCGCUUCAUAGUGAUUUUGACUAUACUACUUAAAGAUUCAUAGAAGUAGCAGUUUCAAACAUUGCAGAAUCCCUGUGCAAAAAGUGAUGCCCCAACUUUUCCGUGGAGGAGCUCUGGAUGCUCACUUCAGCAUUCAAAGUUAAGUGAGGUGGGAUAUUAUUGCUGGUCCUCACCAUUCUACCUCGCUGAAGGAGGAGGCAUGGAAGGCAGUGGCAGCCGAGGUCAACAUUAUCAGCCAUUUUGUCAGGAACAUAACUGAAAUAAAAAAGAAGUUUUAUGAUGCUAAAAGUGUUACCAAGAAAAAAAUUGGACAACUUCACAAAGAGUAUGCUGCUACAGGUGGUGGGCCAGGUACACUACCUAAGCUGACAAGUGCAGAGGAGGUAGUGGCACAUUUGCUGGAUCCCCAGGGAGUGAAGGGCAUGUCAAGGGACCAAGAGAUAGAGGAGGUGGUCACAGUUUUGGAUGAAGAGGGCAAUAUGGAACAAUACAUUUUGCCCAGUCACUCAGUAAAGCCUGCUUCUAUGACAAAGUUAUCCAUGCCAUUCUCACCUCAGCCAGGACCAAGCCAACAAAACCACCAUCUUCCAUCUUCUCAGCCAGAAGUGCAGCCUACAUCACUCCACUCUCUCCCUCAACAGCCCCCUCAAGUUACUAAGCAUGCAGAUACCAGCAAGUGUGAAACUCCUUUAUCAACACCAUCUCCUCAGGCUGGUCCCAGUUGGGAUGUAGCCCCAUUGCCAUCAUCCUCUCCUCCUAAAGCGGCUCUGCCUGCUGCUGGUCCAGGCAGGCGACGUAAUGGGAAGUUAGAUAAUAUGGCAAUUACUCCUCGCAUGCUGACAAUCCAAAACGGCAUUCUCAGUGAGAUGAGGAAUAUUGGAGCUUCAUUGGACAAGAUAGGUGAUCAGCUGGAAGUGAUGAAUUCCACCUUCAGUAGUCAUUUGAAGGCUAUGACUGGAGUGCUGCAAGUCAUAGCCAAUUCCUUGGUUGAAAGUGCUUACAAGGAAAAAUAAUUACAAGACCAUUUUGUAUGUAGAUCAUGUAUAUUGUCUUAGUCUUAAGUAUAUUUAUAGGUUAUCAACAUGUUACUUAUAAAAUAUUCAAAUACAAUAUUUAUUCUUUAUAAUUUUAUAAGUACAAUACUGUUAGUUUCUAAUUAUAUAUUAAGCUUAUAUUUUAGAUGAAAAUAGAUUUUCUAAUAAA